AUGUCACCUCAAAAUAAAGCAUCACUUCUCACUGGCGCCACCGAAAAGGGUCAGUUGACUAGAGUUUGUGAGACUAAUUAUCCUUCUAUAAAUGACGGUCAAAUAUUAAUUAAGGCUGUUGCGUAUGCAGCUAAUCCUACUGAUUGGAAACACUCUGUUUUUGACUGGGGAGAAGAGGGGGAAAUAGCAGGCUCAGAUGUUAGUGGAGUUGUUGAAAAAGUGGGAUCUGGCGUAAAUGAGUUCAAUGUCGGGGAUGUGGUUUCAUCAUUUAUACGUGGAAAUUAUUUCAAGGACAGAGGUGCGUUUAGUGAUUAUUUUGUUCUCGACCCAAUUACUACCAUUAAAUAUCCGAAAGGUAUCGUGAAAAGCGAACCACUUGAAGUUGGUGUAAAGCCUGCGGGUUUAACUGAUACUUUUGAAGGUGCUGCAUUGGUUAAUUUAGGACUUGCGACGAUCGGAUUAUCAUUCCAUCACAACCUUUCUAUCAAGGCUGACAGGAGAAAAAAUGCUUCCAAGUAUAUUUUACUUUGGGGUGGUGGUACGACAACCGGAAUUUUAGCAAUCUAA